AUGGCUCCGAAGAUGCAGUAUGUCCGGCUCGGCAACUCGGGUCUCAAAGUGUCGAAGAUCAUUUUGGGAUGCAUGUCCUAUGGCACUCCCAAGUGGCAGGGCUGGAUCUUGCCCGAAGAAGAGGCUAUCCAACACAUCAGAUUCGCGUAUGACAACGGCAUCACGUCGUUCGACACGGCGAAUGCAAGUGCAAUCGGAAAGGUCAUCCUCGGAAACGCGAUCAAAAAGCUCAACCUUCCCCGCGAUGAGCUCGUGAUCAUGACCAAGUUAUACGCACCUGUCCGCAAGAGCUACGACACCAGUUUUCCCGCUGCCGUUCUGCCAGAGGAUGAGGGGAUCAUCAACCAGAGAGGUUUGAGUCGCAAGCACAUCUUCGACUCGGUUCAAGCCAGUUUGAAGCGCCUUCAGCUGGACCACAUCGAUCUUCUGCAGUGCCACCGUUUCGACUACAAUACGCCUAUCGAGGAAACCAUGCAAGCUUUGCACGAUGUCGUGCAGGCUGGUUGGGUGCGAUACGUCGGGAUGAGUUCAUGCUGGGCAUACCAAUUCCACCAAAUGCAAAACUACGCCAUCACGCAUAACCUAACCCCAUUCAUCUCGAUGCAGAACCACUACAGCCUCCUCUAUCGCGAGGAAGAACGCGAGAUGUUCCCCACGCUCAAGAUGUUCGGCGUCGGGUCCAUUCCCUUCUCCCCUCUUGCCCGCGGCGUCCUCACCCACCCCAUGGACGUCAAGACGACGCGCUCAGACACCGACACGUUCCGAGGCAUAUACGACGCCGCCUGGCUCCCGGACGUCGUCGGCCGCGUCGAGGAGAUCGCGAAGAAGAAGAGCGCCAGCAUGGCUCAGAUCGCGCUCGCGUGGACAUUCGCCAAGCCGGGAGUCACGGCGCCGAUCAUCGGGACGACCAGUCUGGCGAAUCUCGAGGACAUCCUCGGGUCCUUGGACGUCAACCUGACUGAGGAGGAGAUCAAGUAUCUCGAAGAGCCGUACAAGCCCAUCGCGACGGUCGGGCAUACUUGA